ACAACGAACUACUCCCCGCCGAAUAUUUGUUUCUAAAACAUUUUCAACGACGUCGCUGUAUCGCCCGUGAAGUUUCAAUCUCUCAGCAAAGAAGCCAUGUCGCAUGCAGACAAAGCGCCUCAUUACAGCCCUUGGAUCGGGCUCGAUGGGGAAGAUGGCAGAGACACUUCCGUGCUCGUCUUCCAGCCGGCGCUGCAGCCCGGAGGAGCGAACGUGCUCAACCGCGUCGCCGUUGGGAACGGCACGGUGCUGAGUCAGUAUCAACUGUGUGUACUGGAGAGCAAAAAGACUGAUGGGAACAAGGCGGGGAACAAGCAAGCAAGCUAUCCCGAGCUGGUGAAUCUGGUUCCGCACACGGUGUUGCAGAAGCCUCGUACUGGCGGUUCAAAAGGGAAAGCAGCCGGCUACAACAGCCAGGUUGCCCCACUAUCAGCUGAAGCCGACAACAUGUCAUUAGGAGCAGGUACCAGCACGACUCCAACAACGACGUUGCUCUGUACACCAGCGCCCAGCCUCCCGACCCAGCAGCAGUCGCAGCGCGUCACGCAUCAGCAGAACAUGCAAAACUCAAAAACUCUCUAUAUCGUCAACCUUCCGACGGAUGGCGACAAGAACAAUCAGGUGAAGGUGAGACAAAAGUAUGAGCACCAGAGCCCGAUUGAGUUUGUCUGCUGCGGCGGCGACCGGAUCUUCAUCGCGUCCAAAUUUCACCCGCACUUGAUGCUGAACAAUUCAUCUUCCAGUACAAGUGAAUCGAACGGGCGGGGGAGCACGAGCAGCACCGCUGCUGCUGCUGACGACGCGGAGGAUUUGGACAAGAAAGAUCCAGUCGCGCCGCCGGAGGUUCUGAUGCUGAACAAAGAUACGGAGAGCGACGAGGAGGACCACCUGAACCCGGAUGAGGAGCACAAACACGCCCUUUUCGACGCUUUGCACGCGGAAGAGGACCACGGGAUCACGUACAUUGCCGUCACGGUUCUGAAAAGGAAACAACUCGAGGGUAGUUUGAACGCCGCGCAUUUGGUUCUGAAGAAUCUGAACAAAAGCUUGACGUCCAAUUUUCAGCAGCAAGACGGGGAAGAGGAAAUAAACGGACCAAAUGGUCGUGCCGUGAAUCUGGCGGAUUCAACAACUGUUGUAGACGGUGAAAAUUAUGUCGGUUCAACAUUCUAUUACGAGGAGGAGAAAGACAUGAAAUUCUGGGCGAAGAUCGAGGGGCAGUCGCUGAGUUGCUUCAGCUGCGAUAACACCGGGGAACACUUGAUUUCGGCCGACAACGGCAGCCACCAUCACAUUCGCGUGUGGGACCUGUUUUCAGCGGGAGGGACUGCAAGCGCGAAGCGAAGAAAAAGCAGGAAAAGCAAAGGAAUGUCCAAGAACGACCUGAUCAGCAACUUCACCCCUUUUCCGAACAUAAAGCACGUUUUGGGCAAUCAGCACCACGACCUGAUUCAGGCGUUGCAAUUCUGCACGACUUCCAAAGAGAGAUUCUUCUCCGCUGGAAAAGAUAAAACGGUCUGCGCCUGGGUCGGCAACCGGUGUGUCCAGAAGUUGGAGAACGUGGGCGGGAAUUUGGAAAAUUCUUUACUGCUGAUCGACAACCAGUUUCUCUUCCUGAACGCCAGCAACGGGGAGGAGGACGAGGAGGAAAACUUGAAUGUUUCUUCCUUCCUGAAAGUGUGGCAUUCCGAGUCCCUGGAGCUGUUGAAGGAGCUGGAGCCGCCGUUGAGCGAAGUGGAAAAUGCCGUCGAGAGUGGCGGAACUCAUUAUGUCAAGCCCACGCCGCUAGCGUCCGUCCCCAAUGGGUUCGCCGUCACGAAAACGCACGUGGUUGCUGCGGGAGCUGUUGUUUCUGGUGGCAGCACGGCGUCUCCUCUGAUGUCGUGGCAACGGGGGUUGCACAUCGAAAACGGAGCAAAUGGAGGUGCAACAGAUCAUACUGGAGUCGACAGUACUUUUACAACAACCUCUCACGGCGCGGCGCAACUCACUCCAGUCAGAUACCUGGCGAAGCAAAACAUUACAAUUCCGGCAAGCAAGCAAGGACCCUCUUCGUCCGGUGCAACUACCAAUGCGAAGAACACAGGGAACCUGACUUUAAACCGAAACAACAAACUUCUGAUCUUCAAUUACGGGCAAGACCCGAAGCAGAAAUUCCUGCUUUCCGCCGGCGAGCAGGUGGCUCCGGACAUCAACCCGAAGGAUCGGAAUGUCUUUCUCUGGAGCUACUUGGAAGAAAAUCACCCGAGACUAGAGGGGACUUUCCGGGCCGGCGGGUUGCAACAGCAACUGGUGAAUCUCGCUCUUGGUGGGAAGGACAGCAACACGUCGCACAGCCAGCACUUGCACGGCGCUCCGCGGACGGUGAUUUUCUGUGACAUCGUUUCCGGGAGUUUCUGUCGCGAGUGGAAGAAACAGCGCGGUCCGCACCACGUCUUGACGCAGAACUCCACCAAAAAUCAAACCGCUGCGAAGAUGUCGAAAAAUGCAGCGGAACAUCAAAUCCAGUACGGCAUCCGGUGCGUGACCAAUCGGGGCGAAAUUUCCGUUUUCUUCGGGCCGGAUUUCCUCCGCAAGGACCAAGAGCACCACGCCGUCGAUUUCGAUUUUGCGGAGAACGCGAGCCACUGUCUCGUGCAUUCCGUCUCCGCGGUGGGGGCGGCCGGGAACAACCUCGCAAUGCUGGUCAGCGAGGACGGGAGUGACUUCAAAAUGCUCAUCGUCGACGGGUUCCUCGGGACGGUGCUCGCGACAAGGGACGUAGAGUCGAGUUGUUGUUUGCUCACCUCCGCAGCGUCGGAACUGAUUGUCGCGCCGGAACAAGGUUCAAAAGCGGGAGCGUCGACUAGCAGUAGUAGUUCUUCUUUGCAGGUCUACGGCUACAGCGGAACAAUAGCAAAUACUAGCAGCUCGUCUUCGCCAUCACUAUCGGAAAACGGCACGAUUGCCAUUCCGGAUGGUGCGAAGCAGAUCCAGCAAAUUGUCAAAAUCGACGACAAAGAGUCGAAAACCUUCGAAUUUUUAGAAGUCGAGGAACUCCCUCUAGGGGCGAACCCGCACGACAAGAACGCGGAAAAAUUGAAGGUCAAUUCUUUGGAAUCCGUCUACCGCUUAGGGUACUCCGGGAAGAGGCAGCCGGCGAGUACUAUUGUUUGCGCCGCGGAGAAGAAAAUUUUCAUCUACCGGAAGUUGCCCAGUUUAAGCGGGAAUAAGGAGAAAGCCACGGCUCUGUACAGCAGCGGUAGCAUGGACAACUUGGAAGCGCCGCCACCGCCGCCGGACUUCAGUUCCGACACCCCGCUGUUGAAGGGGCCCCCGGCGUUCCCCUCGGUGCCGAAAUCGCCGAUGAGUGCGGCGACGCCGGACGUGAAUGGUGGGGGUCCUGAUGCGGUGAAAGUAAAUCCGAAUCCGUAUGACCUGCUGGCAACCAUGAGCAUGUCGGGUGUGGACGAAACCGACUCCAUCACCGCCGUCGCGGUGGGGAACCUGGACAGUCGAGGAGGCGUUUGGAAUGUGUUUGCCGGGUUGUCAUCAGGUAAGAUCGCGAUUUUCGAAUUGAAAAGCGAGAAUGACAGACGCACGGGGAGAACCUCCUUGCUCUACGGCGACGGCGGGAAGCAGGGGAUUGCGCUGACUUUGACGGCGAAACUGCAGAAAAUCGUUCCCAGCGCGGCAAGUGCAAAUAAAACUUCGGGUGCUGGAAAUGGAAAUGAAAUCACCACGCUCGAGUUCGACGAGACGACCCGUUUGCUGUGUGUUUCGACGAAAUCCUUUGCUGGAAUUCGGUUGUUGGAUACAAGCGCCGGCGUUUACGUAAAUUCCCUUGACGGGUUCUCGAACAGGACUGCGAAUGUCCUGAAGUCGAAAACUUCCGUGCGGCUGUUCCACGCGGGGAGAGGCGGAAGUGAAGAGGAGGACGAAAAUCUCAUCUUCGUGCGCAACAAGCAGAAUGGGGCGUUGAUGGGCAAGUUCGACAGUUCUUCGGGUCACGAGAAGUCCGCAAAGAUUUACUUUCUGCAGGCCUUUUAUCUGGAACGAAAAGUAAACGGAAGAACGGGUCAAGAGUUGCAACAUCCUUGGUUCUCUGAGAACCUGGUUCGUAACGCCCGCGACGCGUUUAAAAAGUUCAACGAAUCGGCCAAAGACGAGAGACCCGUCGAGGGGGAGGUCAGCAGCGGGGAGGAGAUGGAUUCCACGCUCGAAACGCAGGAACUGAUCCUCUCCGCGGGCACCGACGGGAACGUGAUCGUCUGGCGGGGCGAAACGGGGGAAAUUCUCCGGAAGUACAGCGGGCACGCCAACGUGAUCGGCGCGGUGCCCAUCGAUUUCGGGACCGGCAAGGGGUUCCAGUCCGCGGAUGCGAAGUCGUUUUGGGUGCUCAGUCUGGCCAGUGAGGAGUUCGAGAACAAGGGAAACAUGAUGACAGGAGAUGUAAGUGGUCCAGAAGGCACUGCAAAUGCCGCAAGUACUACUAGUCUCCCGCCCUCGUCCAAAUACCUGCAAAUCCGCGAUGCGAACUACGCAAAGCACCCGAAUUUGAACGCAAAAGUUGAAGCGUCGUCGAUCAAGGAUCUCCUGACGUCCAGAAGCUACCCGCUAGGCGAGAAGAUCACGAGGGCAAGGACAAUUUUGGUUGGAGGCGGGGGACAGCCGCAGCACCAGCAGAAAUACAAACUCCAGCUCCUCUUCGAGGACAGAAACAAACUGGCCUUUGCCGCGGACAUCUCCCAGCUCCUUCCCUCCUCCAUGUGCCUCCCGCUCUGGUACACGGAGUGGCAAGCGCGGCGCGCGAGCCUGGCGGGCGGGAGCGGGGGCGCGGCAGGAGCUGCGAACGCGAGCAAAAGUGGGCAACAACAGCAGCUGCAGCACCACCAGCACGCCGCGGGCGCAAACUACUUGUCUUCGCCAGUUGUGAAAUUUGGCCCCGGGGCGGUGGCUCCGUCCGCAACGGCGAAUUUAUCUGUAGCGAAACUACGGAAGGAACUGAUUCCACACCACAUCGAUUUUGCGAAAAACCUGUGCGGCGACUUCGCCCUCCUUUACUCCGCGUUGGACUUCGACCGGCUGCACGCGGAACGGUUUGCAAUAGAAAAUUUUUCCGGCAAAACUACGAACAAGAAGCAAAGCCUCUCGUUAUCCCCGUUGAUGCCUUUCGAGAUCUCGAUCGACCGCGAGGGCGACGCGGGCGUGUACACCACGUCCCAGACGGGCAAGACCAACUACCUCGCGGAGAGCGACGCGUACACGACGCUGCUGUCCCUCGUGCUAUCCCAGGACAAGCUGCACAGCAGGGAGCGCGCGGCCUCGAACGUGUUGAAGCACGUAGUGGAGGCGGUGAAGGAGAGAGGAACAGCUCCAGCGGCAAACUCCACAAAUCCGAAGAUUUACGGCACUUUUCAGGACGACAAAUUCGUCCACAUUUUGUCCGCGUGCGUGAAAAAGUACCCGGACGCGGUGUCGCAGUUCCUGAAGCAGAUCCCGAUGCUGGAAACAAACCAGAAGAUCGCGUUGCAGGACUGCGUGUCCCCCUACUUCCCCUUCCGCCAGCCCCCCAUGGGAAAGGAGGACCCGAUCGGCGCCUUUGAGGUGGCCGGGUCCGACUCCUGCUUCGGCUUCAGGGUGUGGCAGAACUUCAUUGACCAGAAGAUCCGGAUAACCAACCUGAUGGACAGCGAGAAGCUGAUUUUUGGCGGAACCGGAGGGGUCUUGAUAGGAUACUUGAAAUGGUUCUUCCAGGGCCCCCGGGAAGCGGCGUAUGGUGCAGUGUCCGACCACGGGGGAAGUAAGGUAAAUAGAGCAGGAGGUCGUGAUAGUAGCGCAAUAAAAGAACAACAACAAGUCGUGGACGGCGUCGUCGACAAAAACAAUACAGGCGGUGGUUCUCUCGCGAUGUACCAGCAGUUACUAGAGCAGAGCGCGCAAGAUUCCACCGUGCCGAAAGCAGAUAGGGAAGUUGGCCCGUUGCAUCCCACCGGAGAGUCAGAAUACUACCUAGCGCAGGCGUUCGUGAUGCCCUACCCCGGGUUCGCGCAGGUGUUUUCGAACGACGAAAACUUUUUCGAGAACUUGCUUGAUUUGGAAGCCAAAUUAGGAACAACGACAGGUGAUGGAACAAACAACCAAAAAAGUUCUAAAUACAGCAAACCAUCUACUACUCCGAAGAACCUCUUUCUCCAACCGUUCGAAUUCCUGCUCACUUUCCUGUCGAUCCUCUUCGAUCGCCGGGCGGGCUUUUCCGUUUUCGGAAAGCUGGCCGCGCUCUUCAGCUCCCCGCCGACGGCGGAGAAGCUGAAGGAGAAGAAGAAGUACAGUUUUCUGCAAGCGAUCACCGAGUCCAAACGGCCGUCGAACGUCUUCUUCGACAAUCUUUUCGUGAAAUCCAUCAUCCGCUUCAAAUGGCACGCGUUCGCCAUGGAGAGGUUCCACAAGGAAUUCCGGUCGAUUCUGCUGUGCCUCUUCCUGCACUUCCUGUUCGUCGUGUCGAUGCACCGGGGCAUCGCGGUCAACAAGGAGCGGGACCUGCUCCUCGCGCAGGGCUACACGUCGAAGAACGCGGGGCCGACGGAGCCGAAUUUAACCUCCGGCCUGGACUUGAUCAGCAUCGCGGAGCAAAAUUCUUCGACGACGGACUGGAUCUCCUCCGACUCCUCCGACUAUUCCGUCCCGGUGGAACUGUUCUCCGGCUACGGCUUCGACUUGGGCAACCCGGCGUGGUACUUUCUGAUACUACUUCUCAUCACCCAGUUCUACUGCUUCGUCCAGCACCUCUGCUCCUUCGGCGACGUGCUGAUCAUCCACACGAUCUUCCACCUCUUCGCGCUUUCCUACCAACACCCGGAGAAGCUGCUCGGAACGAAUUUCUCGGACUCCACGACCAGUUACGAUCUCCAGUCCUACUUGGUCCUGUUCGCCUCCCUCUACUCCCUGAAGCAGGUCAUCACGGUGCUCUACUACCUGCAAACCCACUCCUAUUUCGGGAAGUGGGUGCGGAUUCUGCUGGAAAUGGGCAAGGAAGUGGUCCCGCUGAUGUCGCUCGUGAUCUUCAUCGGCCUCGGGACGCUCUUUUCCAUCUUCACGCUGGUCUUCGCCCCGUAUUGGGACACGGACCGGUCGUUUUGGCAGUUCUUCAUCGACUUUGCGGAUCUGAUCUACUACGUGUUGCUUUCCAUGUCGAUGGGCGGGAAGCCCGUGGUCAGCUACCAGCCGGAGAUGCAGAGCUUCCAGGACCUGUACCUGCCCUACAUCCGGGUGAUCCCAGCCAAAUUUCUGGCGCACACGCUGGGCGUGGUCAAUUUUGUUUCCAUGCUGAUGAUCGGCGCGCACAUGACCGCGACCGUGAAUAAGGUAAAGGCGGAGCAGGCGCAUUUGUUCGACAAAAUGCGGGCGGAGAUCAUUUUGAUCUACGAAAACGACAUAGAAGACAUGAAGGACGAGAGGUUUUUUCCGAAGUACCUACACGUGUUGAAGCCGAAAAAGUAG